CUCGAGUAGAGCACAAAGCAGCAAGACACUAUGGCAGCACUUCGCUACCGGCUGUCCAUUGCCGAUUGCCGGUGUGUUGGACGGAACGAUCCCGGGCGAAGGAAACACGGAGUCGUCUCGAAGGUCCAUGAUGGAGGCGACGGUAGCAUGGCCCACGGCAUCAGUCUUACGAUAUAAGCCGUCCUCGCCAUGUGCCUCUCCAGCAUUUUGCCCAUCCCAGGCCAAGGCGAGCUCUAUUCUGCUCAAGCUCGAACAGCAUGUCGCGAAGGACUCUCUUGUCGGCCUUGCUGGCCACCGCCGUGUCCGCUCAGCAACCAGGCAAACUGUCACCCGAAGUUCAUCCCAAGCUUCCUUCUUGGGCGUGUACCGUCGCUGGUGGCUGUAUCCAGAAAGACACCUCCCUCGUCCUGGACUCCGACUACAGAUGGGUACACACAGACGACUACACCAACUGCAAGACCAACGGUCUCGACCCAGCCGUCUGUCCGGACGCCGAGACAUGUGCUGCCAAAUGUAACCUCGAGGGCGUCGACUACGCUGGAUCUGGGAUUCACACCAACGGCAGUGAACUCACCCUCAACCUCUUCGUCAACCGGACCGAUGGGACUACUAGCCUUGUCUCUCCGCGAGUCUACCUCCUUGCCAACGAGACGACCUAUGACAUGUUCUCGCUGCUGGACAAGGAGUUUACCUUUGAUGUGGACGUUAGCAAACUCCCGUGCGGUACCAAUGGUGCUCUCUAUUUCAGCGAGAUGCUUGCCAACGGAGGCAAGAGCUCCUUGAACCCUGCUGGCGCCAGCUACGGUACCGGCUACUGUGAUGCCCAGUGCCCUACUCCGGCAUUCAUCAACGGCGAGGCCAACCUGGAAUCCUACGGCGCCUGCUGCAACGAAAUGGACAUCUGGGAAGCCAACUCCCGCGCCACCGCCUUCACCCCGCACCCCUGCAACGUCACCGCGCUCUACAAAUGCUCCGGCGCUCUCUGCGGCCGUACCGACAAGUACCAAUCCGUCUGCGACAAAGACGGCUGCGACUACAACCCCUACCGCCUCGGUGACCACCCCUACUACGGCCGCGGCGAGGGCAACAAGGUCGACACCACCCGGCCCUUCACCGUGGUUACUCAGUUCUUCAGCAACACCACGAGCGCGGGAGAGAAGGAACUGUCUGCUAUCAAGAGGCUCUACCUCCAGGACGGCAAGCUGAUCACCACCUCCACCAUCGCCGUCCCUGGUUACGAUGCAACGAGCGAUACCAUCACCGACGAGUUUUGCGCCAAGAAUAAGCAGAUCUUUGGGGGAGUAAACGCCUUUGCCAACCAGGGCGGGCUGCGACAGAUGGGCGAGGCGCUUGAUCGGGGUAUGGUUUUGGUGUUCAGUGUCUGGCACGAUGCCGGGAGUGCGAUGAAGUGGUUAGAUGGCACGUUCCCUCCCGGUGCGGACCCGGAGACACAGCCGGGGACGGGAAGGGGCCCGUGUCUGCCGGAGGAGGGUCAUGCGGAUGAUAUUCAGAAGGAUGCGAGCUGGACGGAGGUCAAGUUUAGCAAUGUGAAGAGUGGGGAGAUUGGGUCGACUUUCAAGGCUUGAAGGAAUGGAAAGGCUGAGGCAGGCAACUGGCAAAGGAACAUGGAUGGGUGCGUGCGCUGCCCGUUGCUGUUCUGAUAUCGUUCGAGAGGGCUGAAAAACUCCGCCGUAACGGGGCGUCU